AUGGCUGAAGUCGGGGAGGACAGCAGCGGGGCCCGGGCCCUGCUGGCGCUGCGCUCGGCGCCCUGCAGCCCGGCCGCGGCGCCCCCUCCCGGGCCGGCGCUGCCGGGCCCCGCCGCCGCCCCGCCGGGCCCGGCCCUGGCCCGCCUGCAGGGCCGCGAGUUCGAGUUCCUCAUGCGGCAGGCGGCGGUCACCAUAGGCCGCAACUCCUCGCAGGGCUCGGUGGACGUGAACAUGGGGCACUCGAGCUUCAUCUCCCGGCGCCACCUGCAGCUCAGCUUCCAGGAGCCGCACUUCUACCUGCGCUGCCUCGGCAAGAACGGCGUCUUCGUGGACGGGGCCUUCCAGCGGCGGGGCGGCCCGGCCCUGCAGCUCCCCCCGCAGUGUACUUUCCGAUUCCCUAGCACAGUCAUAAAGAUCCAAUUCACAUCUUUAUACCAUAAAGAGGAAGUGAAGGAGGAAGCUUCAUCACCUCCCCUUCGGCCACUUUAUCCUCAGAUAUCACCUCUGAAGAUACACAUUCCGGAGCCGGAUCUCCGGAGCUUGGUCAGCCCCCUGCCCUCCCCCACUGGCACUAUCAGUGUUCCCAACUCCUGCCCGGCCAGUCCACGUGGUGCUGGAUCCUCAGGAUAUCGCUUUGUUCAGAACAUUACCUCGGACCUGCAGCUGGCAGCAGAGUACGCAGCGAAAGCAGCAUCAGAGCAGCAGGCAGACGCAUCUGGCGGGGACAGCCCAAAGGAUGAGUCCAAACCACCAUAUUCCUAUGCUCAAUUAAUUGUGCAGGCCAUAUCUUCAGCCCAAGACAGGCAAUUAACACUAAGUGGGAUCUAUGCCCACAUCACCAAGCAUUAUCCAUAUUACAGGACUGCUGACAAAGGCUGGCAGAACUCCAUUCGGCAUAACCUCUCCUUGAACCGUUACUUUAUCAAAGUUCCACGCUCCCAGGAGGAGCCCGGAAAGGGCUCCUUUUGGCGAAUCGACCCUGCCUCAGAAGCCAAGCUAGUUGAACAGGCAUUCCGAAAAAGGAGACAGAGGGGGGUGUCCUGUUUUCGAACCCCCUUUGGGCCCCUCUCCUCCAGGAGUGCCCCUGCCUCUCCUACUCAUCCCGGCCUGCUGUCCCCUCACUCUAGUGGCCUACAGACUCCAGAGUGCCUGUCCAGGGAGGGCUCACCCAUUCCACAUGAACAUGAUUUUGCAUCAAAGUUAGCCUCUGUUCCAGAGUAUCGAUAUUCACAAAGUGCGCCUGGAUCACCUGUCAGUGCCCAGCCGGUGAUCAUGGCUGUUCCUCCCCGGCCAUCCACCCUAGUGGCAAAGCCGGUAGCUUACAUGCCAAUAGUGACUUCUCAGCAGCCUUCUGGUCAUGCAAUCCACGUAGUGCAGCAAGCUCCCACUGUUACAAUGGUCAGGGUUGUGACCUCGUCCUCAAGCUCCGCUAACGGAUACAUACUGACAAAUCCAGGCCCAGCAGGCGGUGCUCAUGAAACAGCAGGAACAGUGUUGGAUUUGGCUGGUGAUCAUCGAGGCAUGGAUGAGAAACCAACAAUUGCGUUUGCCACAAUACCCACUGCCAGUCGAGUCAUCCAAACAGUUGCCAGUCAGAUGGCUCAAGGUGUCCCAGGACAAACUGUUACCAUCCUUCAGCAGGCAACUCCAGUGACCAUUGGACAACACCAACUGCCUGUUCGGGCAGUGACACAAAAUGGGAAGCAUGCCAUCCCCACCAACAGCAUCACCGGCAGUGCUUAUGCUCUCACAAAUCCGCUACAACUCCUUGCAGCCCAGGCUAGCUCAUCCACUCCCGUUGUGGUCAGCCGGAUAUGCGAGGCAGCAGCUGAAGACCCUGCAGCACCCUCGGGUGAGCCAGAUGUAAAAAAACCCCGGAUGGAAGAGCCCAGCGGAGCAGUCCAGGCUCAAACUGGAGUCAUCACAUCCACAGCACCGCAAGGACAGGCAACCAGUGAAUGACGAAUCGGUGGGAGGAUAGUAGGAAUAUAGGUGGGGCAGCGGCAUGAGCCUCGAAAGCAGUUUUCAAAGAAAAGAAAAACCACAACUGUAACAACAGCUUGAAAUUUAGGGAAUUACGAGCUCUUUUUAAAAUUAUAUUUAAAGGGCAGGUCAACAACAGUUCUUAGAAUCUCGAGGUGCCAAAAAGAAAGAGAAAAAUCCUCCCAACUACCUGUACCUGGAACUCAGUUCUGCCUUUACUUAUGGGAUAUUUUUCCUCUUUUUAGAUUAAAAAAAAAAAAAAAUACAGACAACUGAUUGUAUGACUGCUGGGAUUUUUUAUUUUUUUUUUAAAUCUCCUUCCCUUUGGGAUGGGAGUUACAGUUCAGCAUCUAAAGGAAUGUAUCACACAUACAUCUGCUCUCUGGGAAGAAGGCUGAUCAUCUCUGAUGGCUUGCUAUUCUGCCUCUCAGAGCUUCAAAACAUAUGACCAUUGAAAAGGGCCACCCAAGAAGAUUUAGAAGGAUGGGUGCAGCUUCUCGUAGGAACAGCAUUAAAGUAACAUGAUACCAAACGGGGGGGAAAGGCAGUUGUUGUUGUUUUUUUAAACAAACUCACUCCUGCAAAAGAUCCAUAUAUUCAUGUUUGUUUAUAUGGGGAUUUGGGAGGGGGAGCUACAGGGCUCAACCAGAUGGAUCUUCAAAAUAUGGUUUCUGUCCAUUCCCUUUGAGGGAAAGUGAGAAGAUGGACGAGCAGCAUUAAUCUAUUUCUUUUAAAGAAAAGAAAAAAAAAACAAAAAGGGGUGGGUUGUCCUCACACUGAUUUCUCAGUUAUUCAUCAUCCGCUUCUGAAUUCACAGCCGAAAAUCAUAGUGACUGAACAUGUGAGAAAACGGCAUCUUUGAAAGGUUCUGUAUAUAUUUGGUUUUCUAGUUGUUCAUAUGUCCCCCUGCUUCUGGGGCAGUAUGGUUUAUUCAUAACAUCCUAGAAUGAAACUACCAUCACCUUUCCUGUGAACCCAAGGGGCAUAUGGUUAGCCUUCUGCAUCAGUGGUUGUCAGUCCUUUCUGGCAGUACGACCCUCUGGCCUGAAGACCAAAUGGCUUAAGGUCAACAGUCCAGCAC